UCCACGACAUGGCAUCGCGCGAAGCCUCCCGCCCUUCGUCUCCAGGCCGCCGAGACUCUGGAAGCGCACCCUCGUCACCAACCAAGGAUGGCCUCGAUAAGGUCGAGCUCAGCGACCUGGACGCGAGUCCGCCACAACUGCCGAUCGAGUCGGACUUGAUGCAAUUGGCAAGAUUGGGAGAACUACGGGCAAUUCAAAAGCUAUUCGACAGUGGGAGAUAUACGGCCAGGUCAACAGACGAGCAGGGCAUCACAGCACUACAUUGGGCAGCGAUCAACGGACACCAUGCGCUAUGUCACUUCCUCGUGCAAUCCGGUGCGGAUGUCAACGCGAAAGGCGGAGACGCUCAGGCAACACCAGUGCUAUGGGCGAGCAAGAAGUUCAACCUUCAGGUCAUAUCAUUACUUCUGACCAACGGUGCGGAUCCUCUGAUACGAGACGAUCAAGGCUACAAUCUCUUGCAUUCCGCGACUCUCGACGGGAAUGUCUACCAGCUCAUCCUCCUACUCUACCAAUCCGACAUUCCCGUCGAUGUCCAAGAUGCUCAAGGACAUACGUCCCUCAUGUGGGCAGCAUACAAAGGAUUUCCGGCUUGUAUUGAUGUUCUCCUUCGGUUCGGCGCGGACGUGCAUGCCACGGAUGACAUGGGCUUCACUUCCCUCCACUGGGCACUGGUCAAGGGCAACUAUCUCUGCAUUCAGAAGCUCAUCGAAGCUGGCAGCGAUCGAUUCGCGAAAAGUAAACCUACCGAAGGUGAGACAGAAGGUGACACGCCGAGUAUGACGGCUUCGAAGAUGAAGAGCGAUCGACAAUGGCGGAAAGCGCUGCUUGAAUCCGGCUACGAUGAACACGGAUGUCCUCAGAAAUUCCCCAUCCCGAUGGUCCACGACAGAAGGCUGUUCUUUCAACGAUUCUUUUUCCUCUGGCCAUUUGCAUUGGGCGGACUGCAGCUUCAUAUGCUGGCGUACUUGAAUGUCUGGGUGUCAGUACCAGGCGUGUUGAUCGUCGGGUAUGGGCUGCAGUUCGCGGUGCAGAAAUUACUCCGAUGGGCACCGAGCGACAUGAACUCGAUGCACAAAACUCCAUUCCUCGCAGGCGUGUUUGCUGCGACACUAUUCUGGGUCGCUGUGCGUUUUAUUUUCAAGAUUUUUCCCAAUACCCUUUUCAGCAACUUCUUUUUGACUGUAGCAUUUACGACUUGCAUGUGCCUUACUACAUAUUUCUACACGAUGACGAUGACGGCAGACCCGGGAUUCAUACCCAAAGGAGCGAGUCGAGGCCAGACGAAGAAGACGAUUGACGAGCUCGUCGAGCACAACGCUUUCAAUGAAGCGCAGUUUUGCACCACUUGUAUGAUACGGAAGCCCUUACGAAGUAAACAUUGCCGGAGGUGUGGCCGGUGUGUGGCCAGAGAAGACCACCACUGCCCUUGGGUCGACAAUUGCAUCGCAGUCAACAACCACAAGCAUUUCAUCCUGUAUAUCCUCUCCAUGGUCGCCGGCAUCGCGCUCCUCAUCCGACUGUUCUUCGCCUACCUCACGAUCCUCCCGGCUCCAACAAAGCCCAUCUGCACAUUCCUCAACCCCGAACUCUGCGCCGAAUUUGAGAAAGACCCUCUCACCCUCGUCACCACCGCUUGGGCCUCCGUCCAACUCACCUGGACCGUCAUGCUCGUCUUUGUGCAAUUCUUCCAAGUCGCGCGCAAUCUCACCACCUUCGAAAGCAUGCGGAACACGGAUCAAGUCGGUCCCAUACUCUCCGCCAUCACCACCGGCACAAUGUCAAUGGACGACGCACAAGUCACUGGUCCAGCAGCGGGCUCAUCCCACAAGCACGCUCAUCGCAAGAAAGAAGGCUGUUUUGCGCGAUGGUCGAAAUUGCUGGGCAUCGACACAUUCCUCACAAUUGCGUUUCAGGGAUACAAUGGCGCGAAGGACUCGAGGUCAUCAUCGCGGACGCCGAGGAGGAAGCAGAAUCCAUUCAGUCGAGGCGUGGUGAGGAACUGUCAGGAUUUCUGGUGUGAUGGGCCGGUGUUUGGGAGGAAGGUUGGGAACGAGGGAUUGGUGGGUGGGGAGAGGGUGGACUAUGGCGGAUUGUAUGAUGUUCCUGGAGGAGGGGCGAGGGGAUGGAGGGGGUAUGAGGCUGUACCAGGUAUGGGGGUUGAGGAGGGCGUGUAG